AUGUCUACAGGGGCAAAUCUCGAGAUUGUUGACGCCGCAUUGGCGAAUGCACCUCGUCUUCACAACGACACACGGGGCAGUGCGAGCUUGGAGAAGCACGACAGGUUUGUGUCAACUUCAGAGAGUCUUGUUGGCCCCAAUGGCGAGCAAUACCCUACCGAAGAAGACUGGGGAAAGCUUCGUCGUGUGUACGGUAAAGUCAAUUGGAUGAUCUACAUCAUCGGUGUUGUAGAGAUGUGUGAGCGUUUUGCUUACUACGGAACGACCGCCGUCUUUGUCAACUUCAUCCAGAGAGACCUCCCCACGUCAGGACCCUUCCCUGAAGCUGGCGCUGCCGGCGACGGUCAACCAGGAGCCCUUGGAAUGGGCCAGCGUGCUAGCACAGGCCUUGUUCAAUUUAACUCAUUCUUCUCAUACAUCAUGCCGCUAGUUGGCGGUUGGGUUGCUGACGAAUACUGGGGCAAAUUUAAGACCAUUUACUUCGCCAUUGCCGUUGCUACACUUGGCCAUAUCUUAAUCAUCAUUGCCGCGAUCCCUCAGGUCAUGGGACCAAACCCUGAAGGAGCUCUUGCCUCGUUCAUUCUGGGCCUGAUUCUAUUUGGCACCGGUGUGGGCUUCUUCAAAUGCUGCAUCUCUCCGCUCAUUGCGGAGCAAUAUGAGGCUAGUCAUCCGCGGGCUUUUAUUCGUACCGAGCCCAAUGGUGAACGGGUUAUAGUCGACCCAGGCAUCACAUACUCCCGAGUAUACAUGCGUUACUACCUUCUGAUCAAUGUCGGUGCGCUGGUUGGCCAAGUCUCUAUGGUAUAUGCCGAGAAAUACGUCGGCUUCUGGCUCUCCUUCACAUUACCAACUAUCCUCUUUGCUCUUUGCCCACUUCUAAUGGUCACCCUCAGCAAGCACUACGUCAAGAAACCCCCACAAGGUGACGUGCUGGUCAAGUCCAUGAGAACAUACGGGCUGGUUCUCAAGGGGCGCUUCUCGCUCAAUCCCGUACGUACGUGGAGGAAUCUCUCUGAUCCGAACAUUUGGGACGCUGCAAAACCAAGCAAAGUCGCCAACAAGCCAGUAUGGAUGACUUUCGAUGACGCGUGGGUGGACGAAGUUCGACGUGGCAUCAAGGCCUGUCAAGUAUUCUUCUGGUUGCCUAUCUUUUGGCUGCCUUAUGGUCAAAUGUGA